UUGGCAUCCCCCUGUUGGGAGGAGACAGGAAGAAAGUGCUUACCAUCCCGAGCUUGGGGGAUAGGGUUCACGUUUUAAGAAAGGUAAAACUUUUACCUGUGCCAGUGUACGGUCCUUCUUGCAAAGGAAGGGAAGGCACCAGGGACCAUGAGUGAGAAUGGCCCUCGAACAGAGGCGCCAAUGUACUUCGAGGUGGAGGUGGAUCUACUGGAGCGGGAAGACGAAGAGGAGGAAGACAAGAUCCGCUACGACAAAGACGACGACCUGAUUGCCGAGCCUUCGUCCUCGUCUGGUCGCGUGUACGACCGCACCACGGUGCUCAUCGAGCGAGACCCCAUUCGUCUGGACGAGGAAGGCGAAGAGGAGGGCCACUGUGGUGGCGAUGAAGACGGCGUCACCUUUUUAACUGAGGGGGAGGGCGACGCGGAUGAGGAGGAGGGCUCUCUGGCCUUUAUGGCCGACCCCGACGGCAUGUCGCAGGGUUACGUGCAUCACACGAUCUCUCCCGACCAGAUCCAGUUCACGAUAAACCCGGGCUCCACCCCGAUGCCGCGCAACAUAGAGGGCGCUACGCUCACCUUGCACUCUGAGUGCCCAGAGACUAAGCAGAGAGAGGUAAAACGCUAUCAGUGCACUUUUGAAGGCUGCCCUCGGACCUACAGCACAGCAGGAAACCUGCGGACACACCAGAAAACGCACCGAGGCGAGUACACCUUUGUGUGCAAUCAGCAGGGCUGCGGAAAGGCCUUUCUCACUUCCUACAGCCUGAAAAUCCACGUCCGUGUUCACACGAAGGAGAAGCCUUUUGAGUGUGACGUGCAGGGCUGUGAAAAGGCCUUCAACACGCUGUACAGGCUAAAGGCACACCAGAGGCUUCACACAGGAAAGACAUUCAACUGUGAAUCUGAAGGAUGCACAAAGUACUUUACCACCCUCAGCGACCUGAGGAAGCACAUUCGCACUCACACUGGGGAGAAGCCAUUUCGUUGUGACCACGAUGGAUGUGGGAAAGCCUUUGCUGCAAGUCAUCACCUAAAAACACAUGUACGAACGCAUACGGGGGAGAAGCCAUUUAACUGUCCGAGCGACGGCUGUGAAAAGAAGUUUAGCAGCCAGUACAGUCUGAAGAGUCACAUCCGGGGCCACGACAAAGGACAGCCCUUCACCGUCACCAUCACCCACCCACACUCUGAAGAUGCAAAUCACUCGCUGUGCCUCAGUGACUUGAGUCUCCUCUCUACAGACUCGGAGCUACGAGAAAACAUCAAUAAUGCUCAAAACUUGGACCUCAACAAUGUGACUCCUAUAAAGAUCUUUGAACUCAUGUUCCAGAGUCCUGAAAAUAGCAUCAGCCAAGACGAUCCCCAUCCCAUAAAGGAUUUAGGCGAGACCUUCGGUGUAGAGACCUCUGCUCAACCGGGAGGGACCGAUGCCUCGCCUGUAAUCCCUUUCUCCGUCAACCCUACCUCCUCUUCAAGCUGCUCCAAUAACGCUGCUGUCUUGGAGGCUUCUUCCCAACAUGUUCCGAACUCCUCCUCUCAGGCCCACACUCCUGUUCCUGUCACCGUUGGUGUCAGCUCCACACAGAAUCCCCCUUUCAUGCAAGUAAGUGGGGCUCCGCAGAUUUCAGACGUGCCUCAGGCUCCCGUCCAAGCGCCAAACCAUGUCACCUCUCAACACUAUGUGGCACUGCCACCGACAUUCCUGCAGUCAGAAAGCGCCACUCAGACUUCUCCGCCGCCGCCGCCGCAGCCCGUCUCGGUUCAGCCUCCAGCGGCUCCAGCUCUGACCUCCACAGCUCCAGCUUCUGCAGCCUCCACAGCUGACGGCCUCUCAGCUGUGGCUCAACCCGUGCCUUUGACCAACUGCGCUGUCACCAACACUGUUCCCGGUCAGGCCACGAACCCUGCCACCAUCACCAUAGCUUCGACUCCCAGCGUGCUGCAGCCCGGCCUCGUCAUGUCGGACCAGAACCUCCAGUGGAUCCUGAGCAGCGCUGCCAACAGCCAGCAGAACCCUGAGCAAGCUUCUCAUCAAGGAGCUCCAAAAGUGGAAAAGCUUUUCUUUACUACAGCCAUACCAGUCGGAGGAAAUGCUGGUAACUCGGUCCAGCAGAUCGGCCUCAGCCUGCCGGUCAUCAUCAUCAAACAGGAGGAGUCCUGCCAGUGCCAGUGUGCCUGCAGGGACUCUGUGAAAGACAAGACUGCAAAGAGUGCCUCCUCCAUCAUUUCAUCCCCUUCACAGCAGCAAGCUGCAGAGCCCCCUCCCCAGCCGUCAUCUGAGCCUCCAAACAUUUCAACCACUUCUUCUUCUUCUCCUUCUUCUUCUUCUUCUUGCUGCCUCCCCAAGUCUUCCUCCAAGGUGGGUGAGCCGAGGCCAGAGGCCCCCUCCUCUUCCUCCCCCUCCGCUGCAGCUCUGAGUUUCUCCCCUAUAGCGGGCAGCGGCGCUACCAACCCACCGCCGUCCGACGGCUUAGCCAGCAUGGACGUCUCAGACUUCCUGUCCAUGCAGAGCCCCGAGACGGCCGCCAACUUCGAAGCGCUGCUGCUGGUUGCGGAUGACUUGAACAUAACCACUGACAGCGGUCACUGAAAGGAUCGUCUUUUGAGCCGGGCACAACACGUUUCUCCUAUUCCAGCCCAAAGCUCGAGCAGCUCUUCAAAGCGAACGCCUCACCCGUCACCCUGUAUAGUUUGUGCAUGUAAAACCCUCUGUCUGUGCAGUGCAUUCUGUUCUGUACGGCACUGUGUGGCAGAUAUACAAACCUGUACAAACUAGGAACACGUCUUUUGAUUUGCUCUCAUCGCAGUAGCUGUGGUUAGUUUGCUUACAGAGAUUUAGCAGCCUUUAGGGAAAUUUAAUUCUGACAAGAAGACGUUGAUCCUUUGUGGAAAACAUUACCUGUAUAUAUUAAUCCUAUCGAUGGCGACUCUUGAACUGAUGAAAUAACUGUUGUCAAGGCACUGAUAAUAUAAAAAAGGUCUCCGAGGUUGUAGAACUGAGCAGAAAGGAAAAAAAAAACUGUUUAUCUUGGUACUGUACCGCAGGUCCUCUCAAAUGCCGCUUCAAAUUGAUAUGCAGCUGACCAGAAUGCACUGUAUAUUGGAGGAAUUUGCUCUUUAAUUUUGAUUUUAAAGCAUCAUUUAGCUUGUAUGAAGUGGUUUUCUUAGUAUUUAUGUUAUUGGAAAACUAAUGUAAUCAGGAAAAUGUGAUUGCUAAUUGAGAAAAGAACCUAUGAUCAUCUCUGCCUGUCUUUUUUUUUUUAAACGGCAUUAAGUCGAUUGGUAAGUUGCCUCUAACUUAAACUAACUUUUGUAUAUGUUAAUUUAUUUAAAUGCUUGAUUCUUUUAUUAUACUGGUAAAACUACUUUAUUAGAGCAGAAAAGUAAUCUAAUUUAUUUCAAUCAGGUGUGCUUUUAAGUUGAGCCUUUUAUUUCUCCUUAUUUGGUUACUGAAAUGCUUAACGAGUUUAGCUGAAAGCAAGUUUGUGAAAAGAUUAACCUCUAGUUUAAUGCACAGGAAGGCGAACUGUUUAGGAUCUGAAAGAUAUGACCACACUUAGUUUACAGCUACUGUCACCAUCCCAUGUUUUUUAGGGCCGUGACCCUCUCAGGGACGCAUCAAGUCAUAACUGAUCCCUGUUCCCUGAGUUCGUUAGACACGUUUCCUUUCACCAAAAGGCUCACACUUGCAGUAGCCCUAUGUUUUGCUGCACUCUUCCCUGUUUUUUGCACACUUUCUUGUAAAAAUGAAAAAUGAAAUUCACAGCUUGUGAGCUGAGAGGCGACACCACUACAGACUUUUUUGUAUACAACUGCUGUAAAGUAGCAUUUAGAAGCUGGUGUCUGAAGACCGUGUAAAUAGAGUACAUUUUAGUGUAAGCAUAUUUGAGAACCUUGUAGAUUCCAGGAUUUGUAUUUUUGUAUAGAAAUUUGAGCUCAGAGUUUGAAGCUGAUCUAUCGUGCAUCCUUGCAUUUCUUCCCCCCACCCCAACCACAUUUAUGUAGAACAGUUUUGAGUUUUUGCUGUGUUUAGUUGAAUUGUUCUAUAAGCAACUGGGCUUGUGUACAGUCAUCCUUUGUAACAAAAUAUGUAACUUAUAGCCUGUUGGUAAAGAGUAUAAUUUAACAGUAUUUCACAUGGGACACAAUGCAAUGACGACAGAGCUAAGGCAUUAUCUCCUGCAGCUUUUCGUAUAGAAGCUCCUUGGCCUUACAAACCAUUCUGUAAGCCUCUUUGCCUUGAUCAUCUCUCCUUCAGACGUCAAAAGCUCAACAUUUUAUCUCCUCUAAUCUCCUUAACCAGAUCAUUUGGCCAAAACCGUAUAGGUUUAUUUAGAUUUUACUCAGUUUUCUAGAACGGACGUUGGGAGAAUGUAUCGAAUUAUUAUGAUUAAUUUAGGGUCGCCGAGUCAAAAUGAGGCCUCUUUUCCAUUUAACAUCAAUCAAGAACGUCUUUGAGAUGCAGAAUAUUAAGCGGACAUGUUGUCCCGAGUCAGCAAACGUGAUGGUUUCAGGAAAAAAAAAAAAAGUUAAGAGCCACCAUUUUUGUAUUUUGAUAAAGAAGCACAUUCUUGUAACCAUGCCUGAGGCUCAACCAGACAGUUUUACAAGUUGCCAAUCUUUCAAAGUUUCCAUGGGCAUCGACGGCUUUUUCACUGUUAAGACCUGUCCUUGUCCCUCACCAUUGUGGUGUUGAGAACACAUGACAUAGUUGUAUCAAUUUUUUUAAUAAGUAUUUUGGCUUUCAAAUUGGUUUGUCCCCAUUUAUCUGCACAGUAAAAGGCUGCUUAUAAAAGUGCCUAAAGUUUCAAUUAGAUUUGUCAAAUUGACACUAUAAAACAGGACCUUUUUUAAACGCGCAAAUCAGUUAAAUUGUUUUGAAAAUGUUUGGUGCAGAGACUGGCUUAAAAGAUGGUAGACAGCCUGUACUUGUAUAGGGCUUCAUCAAGUCCUGUGGCUACUACUACAGAAAGCAAAAACUGGUAUACGAAAAAGUUGGUAUACAAUUUUGAAUUUUCUUUUCUCAACUACAUUAUUUAUUUAAACUGGUUUGUUUUAUUCUAAUUUUCUAUCAAAACCAGUUUGAUUAAAAAAAGCUUUAAUCACUAUGAAAAGUCAGAAAAGUUACUAUUUAAGGCUUUUUUUUUUUCCUUUACACAUUAUUCCAAGUGAGAAAACUUGAAUGUUACACUACCUGGACCAGUCUAACAAUUUUACAAUGGAGGGCAGAUUAUAGAAAAUGCAGCUUGGACAAUUCUCUCGGUCUGACCACUCAGAGUCUUAAACCCCCAUAAAUUAAGGCCAUAAAGUUGUGGUUUUGCGCUUUAUGAAGUCAUUCACACAUAAUUCAUAUGAAACAAUACAUUCUGCUUUGACCAGUCUGAAUAUUUUGGAUUUCUAACUAGAAUGAACCAGAGAGAGUUCAGAGUCAUUAUGCAGCAUAAUUGCCUUUUGGUCAAGUCCUGCAACUGAUUCCAACUUUAGAGUCCUCUUAAAAAGUGUAGUUGGCUCAAACCAAAAGAAACAGUUCCCUGACAUCCCUUAAAACCGUUUAAAGUUCAGCUCUUUUAAAGCAAUAUACAAAUAAGGCAUGGUUUACAAUUUGUACCAAAAUGUGUAGUUUCUCCACUCACAUCUUGUGCUUAAAAAUAUGCUUUGCGUAUAAAAAGUGUAAAACUGACAGAAUUUGACCGUUUAGAGAACGCCAAAACCUCAGAGGAAGCCGAACGCCCACUCAUGUUUUUUUAUAUGUACUGUCAAUUUACAGUACGGAGCUAUGCAAUUUAAGGUGGCAUUUAGAGUUUACAUACUGACUCAAGACCUUUUUGUCUUCUACACGCGACCAGAGUUUAGUUUUCUGCAGACUUGUGCAAAUUCAAACGAACAGAGUGAAUCUGGACUGAAGUGUUUUCAGGUACCGUGCCCACAAAUUUUACAGCCUUCUUUUGAUUCAACUGGUUCAGAUAUAGUAAAAAAAA